CUAAUAUCAUCAUUUAAAAUUAAUAUUUAAGGAAUAUGCUGAAAUAACGACAUCAUUUACUUCUAAAUUUAAAAAAAAUCUAAAAGAUUCGUCGUAUAAGUUUUACUGACAAAAAUUUACUUGAUUUUAAUUGUUAUAUAUAUAUAUAUAUAUAUAUAUAUAUAUAUAUAUAUAUAUAUAUAUAUAUAUAUAUAUAUAUAUAUGCAUAUGCAUAGAUACAUAAUAAGCGCGUCAUCUCUCGGAUGUGUUAAUCGAAUAAGAUACGUCGUUAAAUUUCAGAACUGAUAAUUAUUAUUAAAUUUUAAGCUCUUAUCACAAGUUAUCGCCAAGUGUCCACCAUCAAAAAUUUGUAAUAUUAAGUUUUAAACAUUGAAUCGGUUCAAGUGCGCAUAGAUAUUCCGAUAAGAAGACCCCCCCCUCACAUUGCUUUAUCAUUGCCUUAAAUAAAAAUUGCAUUGUCUCAAUAACUCAGCACGAUAAUUCAUUAUUCUUUUCUUCUUCUUUUACUUCUAUAUCUAUACUUCUUCUCUUUCUAUCUUCGUUAUUUUUUCUUUUAAUUCUUGUCUCGUCAUAGUCAUUUAAUAUAAUUACAAAGCGACGAAGCGUUUAAUUAAGGUAUACAUUAUUCAUUUAGAAUUAAAUUGCGCACGUAUAAUUUCCUAAUAACCUGUUCUUCCCCGCCACCCCAUCCCCCGUCAAUGCCUUCUUUUUUAAAUUGUAUUUUGUGUAUGUUUUUUCUUUAAGUACUUAGCUACUUAUGCGCGCAGAUGUUUAUAUAUCUACAAAAAAAAAAGAAAAAAAAAGAAAAAGAAAGAAAAUGUUAAACGCGAAGAAAUACAUUAUUAAUUACGUAUAUGUAUAUUUACGCCUCGUCUAUUACCUAAUCAAUACGUAUAAAAAAAAAAGAAAGUUGGAUCGAUAAAUACGAAUGAUGUUAAAGUUUAGAUCUAUUUGAUAAAACUAAACACAUUCAGCAGAUAUAUAUUAGAGUGAAUUUUCAAUAUUAAUCAUGCCUCGCCACAAACAACGAAAACAUCCACUGAUAGGAGAAGACACUAGAAUAGCAGUAAACUUAACUUUGAAGAAAUUAUUGGAAACACCGGAUCAAAAAGAAUUAGAAUUUCCAUCUUCUUAUACAGCAAUAGAACGAGCUUAUAUCCAUGAACUUGUUAAGGAUCUUGGCUUAAAAUCCAAAAGUAGAGGUAAAGGCAAAAACCGAUUUUUAACGGUAUACAAGAGAGAAGGAUCUACCAUAGUUCAAGCUGAUGCUGUAAUCAAGCUGCAAAAGUCAUCGAAACAAAGUAUUUAUGCUUUAUUAAAUAAUUUCCCAUUGAAUCAUAAAGAAUGUCAAGAUUUAUUACCUCCAAUGGAAAGAGAACGGCCUCUUAAUGCAGAUGUUAUUACAAAUACAAAGGCUAUGGGUCGCUUGAACAGUAGCAUCCCACAAGUACCACAAUUAAAGACAAAUUUUGAUGUAUUGAAUUUUCGUAAAUCACUUCCAAUUUUUAAUGCACGAGAAGACAUUUUAAAUGCUUUGGCUACCAAUCAAGUAGUCAUAAUAGCUGGGGAAACAGGAAGUGGUAAAACCACACAAGUACCUCAAUAUAUAUUAGAGCAUUGCCAGCAAAGACAUCAAAUUUGUAGAAUUAUAUGUACUCAACCAAGGAGACUUUCUGCAGUAUCCGUUGCAGAAAGAGUAGCAUUUGAAAGGGACGAAAAAAUUGGACAAACAUUUGGUUAUCAAAUUAGACUUGAAAGUAGAGUUGCGCCUAAAACUCUUUUGACAUAUUGUACUAAUGGGGUUCUUCUUAGGACUCUUAUGGGUGGAGAUUCUGCCUUGACUACAGUAACACACAUAAUAGUGGAUGAAGUUCACGAACGUGAUAGAUUUUGUGACUUCCUUUUGAUAGCAUUAAAAGAUGCAAUGAAUAAAUAUAGAUCAUUGAAAAUUGUGUUAAUGAGUGCAACAUUAGAUACUACUAUUUUUGCAAAGUACUUUGAUAAGUGUGUUGUUAUCAAUAUUCCUGGUAGAUUGUAUGAAGUUGAAACAUAUUUCCUUGAGGAUGUUUUGAAAAUGACCGGCUAUAUGACUAAAGAAAUGAUUAGGAGAAAGAAAGAAUUUUUAAAUAAAAAGGAACAGUGCAAGGUCUUAGAAUCUUGGACUCAGUACAAGCCACAAAUAUCUGGUAAAGGCCCAUUGAAUGAAAGAUGUUUGUUGCCAGCACCGAUAUUAGCACAACAAAAUGAGCCCAUACCAGAGAAAGUUAAACUUGAACCGUGGUUGAUAGAGGAAGUAGACAAAAGUAUAUCGGACGCAUGGUUAUGUGGUGGAGAAGAUAAUUUUGCACAAUUAUUGCAUUUUAUACUUUCCGAAAAUGUUUCAGUAGAUUAUCAGCAUUCUAAGACAUUAGUUACACCAUUGAUGGUUGCUGCAGGUAGAGGAUGCAUAAAUACUACCGAACAACUUUUAAAUCUUGGAGCAAAUUUGAAUCUUCGAGCUGGUAACGAGUGGACUGCAUUAGAUUGGGCAAAAAAUAUGAAACAAAUCGAAUGUGCAGAAUUGAUUGAGGCAUAUAUGAAAACGUAUGAUUGUACAGUGCAAGAUUGUGAAAUAGUACAAGGUGACAACGUUUCUAUUUCUGAAGAAGAUAAAAUGUUAUUAGAUGUAUAUCAUCAUACAUUCAAUGAUGAAAAUAUUGAUCAUGAUCUUCUUUUACAUCUCGUUAUAUAUAUCCAUUUAAAAAUGCCACCAGGUUCAUUAUUAAUAUUUUUACCUGGUUAUGAUGAUAUAGUAACUAUGAGAGAAAGAAUAAACGGCGAAGAAAAGAAAAUGAAUCAAGGCCUUCGUUACAAUUUAUUUGUACUUCAUUCAAAUAUGCAAAUAUGUGAUCAGAAAAAAGUAUUCAAGCCUAGUAUGCAGGGAACUAGAAAGAUUAUUCUUUCUACAAAUAUUGCAGAAACAAGUAUUACGAUCGAUGAUGUUGUUUACGUGAUUGAUUCAGGAAAAAUAAAAGAAAAAUCAUUCGACGCGAUAUCCGGUGUAUGUACGCUUCGUUCAAAUUGGAUAUCACAAGCAUGUGCAAAGCAACGAAAAGGAAGAGCUGGCAGAUGUGGAAAAGGAUUCUGUUAUCGUUUAUUCUCAUCAAUUCGUUUUAGCAGUAUGCAAUUACAUCAAACACCUGAAAUCUUACGAUUACCCUUGCAAGAGUUAUGUCUUUUUACAAAACAUUUGGCACCAGGAAAUACACCAAUCGCAGAAUUUUUAGACAGAGCUUUAGAGCCACCCUCCAAUAUAGUAACUAGAAAUGCCGUUCAAUUAUUGAAGACAAUUGAUGCAUUGGACCCAUGGGAAGAUCUUACCGAAUUAGGAAGUCAUUUAUUAGAUAUACCGAUUGAACCAAGAUUAGGGAAAAUGUUGUUAUAUGCAGUAGUUUUGAAAUGUCUCGAUCCAAUUUUAACGAUCGUUUGCAGCUUGGCAUAUAAAGAUCCAUUUAUUCUGCCAGCUCAACCAUCACAAAAAAGGGCUGUAGCUGCUGCACGAAAAAAAUUUGCUACCGGGACAUUUUCAGAUCAUAUGGCUGUAUUGCGAGCAUUUCAGGGUUGGCAAAAUGCAAGAGCUAGCGGGAAGGAACGUAGUUUCUGUGAAAAAAAUUUCAUUUCAGCGCCUGUUAUGGAAAUGGUAGUUGGAAUGCGAACUCAACUUCUUGGUCAACUUCGUGCAUCUGGAUUUGUUAGAGCGAGAGGUGCUGGUGACAUUAGAGAUUUAAAUACCAAUUCUGAAAAUUGGGCGGUCGUUAAAGCAGCUUUAACAGCUGGUUUAUAUCCAAAUAUAAUCAGAGUCGAUCGAGAUCAUAUGCAACUAAGAACGCAAAAAGAAGUGAAGGUCUUUUUCCAUCCAUCAUCGACGUUAAGAGAUUUUCCAAAAUCUCCUAGAAUGACUUAUGCUCAAACUCAUGCAGCUAAUGUAGAAUCAUUACCGUCCGAUUGGUUACUCUAUGAAGAGAUGAGUCGUACUGGUCGGUUUUGUCAUGUUAAAAUCGUUACGCUCGUUAAUCCCUUGACCGUAGCACUUUUCAGUGGUCCAGCAAGAUUACCUAUGGAUACUAUUUAUGAAGCUGGUGCAAUACCCGAAAGCGAAUCUGAUUCCGAAGUGGAUGAAAAUCAUGAGGGUACUAUUUUUAAGUUGGACGAUUGGAUUGUAUUUAAACUUGAUCUUGAAACUGUACAAUUGUUUUUAAAUUUACGACAAAAAUGGAACGCCCUAUUUUUACGACGUAUGAAAGCACCAGGAAAACCUAUGUCACAAUUAGAUGAAAAAGUUGUUAGUACAUUAGUUACAGUUCUGACUAAUGAGGAGCAAGCAUGUGGAUUGCAACAACCUUCAGGAAUUGGACAAAGACCUCGUCCAUUAAUAGUCGAUUAUUAUCCUGCAAAUGCUAGAAGAGCAGAUGACUUUGUAGAGAGAAAUUUUUAAAGAGAGACAUUGUUUUACUUUAAAGGAAUGGAAAAGAAAGUUGUAAUCAUGUACAGUUUUAUAUUAUUUAAAAAAAUAUGUUCUUCUUAAUGGUUUUUAUAUUACUCUAUGAUGUCUUAUAUUUACAUCACUCUAUUUCUAUGAAAGUAGUUGUAUACUGUUUAUAAAUGGUUGCUUAAAUAAUGAUAAUUCAAUUAAUAACA